GCUAGGUGCUGGCUUCUCAUUGGCUGAAAGACACGCGAGGCAUUCGACGAGAGUGAGAGCUGACAAGGGGAUCUGGACUUACUCAAGAAGAGCCGAAAUACAUAAGCACCUACGUAGCCAUAGCCAUGGUACGCCUGAACCCAAAGAGUACCGCCGUUGGAGAUGCCCUCGAUGCGUCUUGUUAUCGCAGCUGCGACGCUCGGCUUGCUUGGUGGACAGUCUGCAUCAGCAGCACCGCUUCUGAACGCCGAGGAUCUCGCCGUCGAUCUGGGCUACGGCGUCUAUCGGGGCGCUCAUAACUUCACCACGCAGCUCAAUGUCUGGAAAGGAAUCCGCUACGCAGCACCUCCAACUGGUGAUCUACGUUUCCGAGCGCCAGCAGUUCCAGUAGUGGCCGGUGAUGGCACCGUAAAUGCUACAACAUUUGCACCACAGUGUCCUCAGGCACUACCGGCCCCCUUCCCUGGUGCACAAUCAUCACCAUCUGGUAAUGAAGAUUGCCUGUUCCUCAACGUAUAUGCCCCAAACUCUGAGGCUGUAAGGAAACUUCCAGUACUCGUGUGGAUCCAUGGUGGUGGGUAUGGUGCGGGCAAUGGCCAGCAGGACAUGAGUGAGAUCAUAAAUGCGAACAACAAUGGUUUCGUUGCUGUCGCGAUCCAGUAUCGACUUGGUGCUUUCGGCUUUCUCUCUUCAGCCGAUAUCGAAGAGAAUGGUGCUCUCAAUGCUGGUAUUCUCGACAUGGCUUUCGCCCUACAGUGGGUCCAAGACCACAUUGGCCGAUUUGGAGGUGACGCCUCACGAGUUACUAUCUCAGGCGAGAGUGCUGGCGGUGGUGGGGUGAUGCUACUCAUAAUUGCAAAGAAUGGUACCCUAGGAAAUUCUCUGUUCAGUGGUGUCGUGGCGGCCUCACCUUACCAUCCGCCACAAUACGAUUAUGAUGCCUCAGCACCGACUUAUAAGUACGAGAGCUUUGCAUCACGCGCUGGGUGUGCGAACUCGACCGAUACUCUCGCCUGUCUGCGCAGCAAGGACUCGGUGACGCUGCAGACCGCAAACUCGGAAGAGAACACUGCCAGCCUCUACGGCAACUGGGCUUUCCCUCCCGUUACAGAGUCAGACAGCGGUUUCAUCACCACUCUCCCAAGUGACUCCCUGACAGCGAAGCGAGUCAACGGUGGGCACAUUCUUGUCGGCAACAACGCAAACGAAGGUGCACCCUUCGUUCCAUCGACUAUCAACAGCACCUCCGCUCUGCGAAUCUGGCUGCAAGGUGCAUACCCAAAUUUGGACUCCACCGAAUUUGACGCCAUCCUUGCGGCCUACCCAGCAUCGGACGACACAGAUCUAGAAAAAUUUGCGACGAAUGGGCUCGGCUCUGUAACAGCCCACGAUGUCAGCCAACUUGCCACCGGACCCCAGCAGUGCGCAUUCAACAUCUACGCUGAGGCGACUUUCGUCUGCCCCUCGUACUGGCUCAGCUCGGCCUUCACGGGCAAUAAUCGUAUCUCCUACCACUACCAGUACUCUGUUCCCGCAGCCUCGCACGGCUCAGAUGUCUCUGCGUACUUCGGCCCUGCAAAACCCAAUCAGCCACCUUACUUCACAUCCGUCUUCAGGCAGAUCUGGGGCAGGUUCAUCGAGGCCGCGGAGCCGAAUAGUGCGCAAGGUUUGGGUAAUCUGGCAUGGCCUGAGUGGGCUGAUGACGGCGAAAUUAGGAUGCUGAACUUGAACACUACUGGUGGUGUGCCUUUCCAGGGGUUGCAGCUGGGUAUUGGUGUCAAUGCCACGCAAUUUAUGGAACCUGGUAUCCAGAAUGACUUCAGUGUUGUUGAUGCAGUGACUUGGGAGGGUGGAAGGGGUGAGAGAUGCGAAUUCUGGAGAAGCAUUGCGAGCAGGGCGCCGAUUUGAGUGGGACGCAGCUCAGACCGGACUGAGGGGAUUGCUUCACAUCCAAGCAGAUUCAUGUCUCGCCAGACCGAUCGUUUCUCAAAAUGAAACCACUCAC